AUUCAGCUUUAAAAAAAUCUGAAAGAUUCAGAUAAAUCUUUUUGGUACAGCGUUGACGCGGAGAAAUUGGACAGCGAAGUUGCUGACAAGUUCAUGCAGAGCAGCAUGGAUGCUAGCACUAACGACUUCCUCGAGAACUGCUACGACAAGGCAGACUGGUUUUUCACUCAGAUUGUGCACGCCACAUUCAAGUCCUUUCUCUGUUGGUUCAUGUCCAGCACAUCUGCAAAUGGGUUCCUCGGACGCGGUUCGAUGUUUGUCAUGUCCACCAAUCAGCUGCUACAACUGAUGGGAGCGAACUCGAGCUGGAGAGCACAGAGUUUGUUAGACCUCGGCGCUGGCGAUGGAAGAGUCACUCAGCAGAUGGCGCCACUCUUCACCGACAUCUACUGUACGGAAACCUCGUCGCCUAUGCAGUGGCGACUCAAUCAGUGCGGUUACAAAAUCCUAGGAGUAGAUGAGUGGCAUAAUGGAACGCAGAAGUAUGACCUUGUGUCCUGUCUAAAUCUUCUAGACCGCUGCAAGCAACCUGCUACGAUGCUGAGAAACAUUAAGGAUGCGUUAGUCCCUGAAACCGGUAGACUGCUGCUGGCGACGGUCAUUCCUUUUGAGCCAUACGUAGAGGCAGACACCGUGGACCACACACCGUCCGAGUUCUUCCACAUAGAGGGACGCACUUUUGAAGAACAAGUGAACAGCAUGGUGCGGAACGUGUUCGAGCCUGCGGGGUUUGUGUUGGAGAGGUUCACGCGUGUUCCCUACCUUUGUGAAGGUGACCUCCACCAGUCGAUCUUCUGGCUAGAUGAUGCAUUGUUCCUACUGAGGUCCAGGUGAGUAGUUGCGCACCCCGGAACAGAUGGUGUGACAACGAGGACAUGGUCACAACGGUGACGACAAUGAUGUCUCACCGCCCGCACUGCAAUUAUUAUUCCGAGUGCUCCCAGGACUGUAAUCGGGUAGCAUGUGAGUUUCCAUUGAGCAAUCAUGGCAGCAAGGUUUGUGAUUGACCUACCAAUCUGAGCAAGGCGGCGAUACCUCUGUUAGAGGUCAUUGGUAGGCUGGAUUUUUCAUGUGUGCACGCCAAAAUGUGUGCCAAUAGAACAUUCUAUUGCAACAGUGAUUGGCUAGAGUUGUCUGUCUGUAACACCAGGCAGAUAGGUAUUUAAAUCCAGCUGCGCACUUGAACUAGGUAGAAUAUUAAUUAGCCGAGAAGUGGACUGGAAUAUUCUGCGUGGUGGAAUACGUUACAUGUUUAGAAAAAGAACUUGAGUUAGCAGCAAAGGAAGAGGCAUUGAAUGUGUGUACUCGCAGUCUGCACUGAGAAUGUGUUUCCGAGUAUGUUCUUUCUGCCUAAACUCAAACGAAAACGAUGUUCUUUCUAUCAAGAAUAUCUGUGGAUGAUAUAUGGUGUAUGCUUAGCUCAACUUUCACACAUACAUACGCUGUUAGUUGCUGGUCUGGUCUCUACAUGCAUAGGUUAUAAUAUUGCACAAGUGCAUUGGAAUAUGCAAAAAGUUUAAUGUGAUAAUAGGUGUAAAUGUUAUAGAUAUUUUUUGAGAACUUUACGUGGCCCAAAGGGUAGUUAUGGUUGAAGGACCCGUCAAACCAUCAGAGAUUCAGGUACAGUAGGUAUAUAUUUUGUUUUCGAAUUGUGUACUGUAUAUGAAUUCGAAUUAUUCGAUUUAUGUUAUCUAAUUCAGUAAGGCCUGUGUAAGUGACAACGAUAGUAUCAUGAACAUAUCUUGACAAGAUAUAGGUUGUGAUAGAUAGUAGGUGUAGCACUCGCAGUUUCACGCUUACAAAUGAACCACGUAUGCUGGAUCAAACUAUACUCGUAUCAAAACCACAGAUCGAUCAAUCGAUACGAUGUCAAUUACCCAUGAUUCCAUGAACCCCAUGACCUUAAACAGUAAGAUGAGACACUUGACCAAAAUAUUGGGUCACGCGCAAUACUAGCACCGACUAACGGCUGGUGGCGCAUUGUAAUUUGUGAAUGACAGUCGGCGUUACAAACAUACAAUGGCUCACAUAAGUUGCCUGCUAGGAAAAGCGCCGGUCAAAGCUGUUCUGUCAUACACAGCAAUAACCACAGGAAAGAGCAUCGGCAAAGUUGAUAUGUAAAACUAAUUAAUUAAUUAAAUUUAUAUAUAAUAUGAUAUGUAAAAUUAAUUAAUUAAUUAAUUCAAAGAACCACAGGUACACCGAAUCUGAGGGGCUUCCCCCGUCCAGGGAGGUGUUUACCGCACAUGUACUACACAAUAUAGAAACGUGGUGGGGGAAGUUAUGUACAUGAGUAAGAUACGCAGCCCGAUGCCACAGUCACUGGCGAGUUCUAACGGAAUAUGCAAAGCAAAUGAAAUAAUGACUUCAUGUCAUAAUAACAAAAUAAUGACAUUUAUUUACGGUAGCACUUCAUUAUUGUAGGUAAUGAGCUUUUUUAUCAGGCAGCUGGUAACCUGCAGCAUAUACUAAGAAUAUCCAUCUAAGAUAUUCUAAGUAUAUAUGCCAGAAGAUAGCUCGCCGUUUGGUGGCGCUAGCGUAGCACGUAGGACAAAAUUUUCAUCUGGCUAGCAUAGCGAUUGUCCUAUCUUAUUCAUUGCAUACGGUUUUUGGUACGGUAGUAUAAAGUGUAGCAAGUGCAUUAACUGAUGGUGUCGGGUGUAGAUUGAUGGAGUGUGAAUGGUGUGAUGUCCUUUAGUGCUGAAUGUGUAUUGCACAGUGGAUUUGACAAUUCAAACAGAUCAAGUGACUGUUCUUGCAUUCGUUGGAAACACUACAGGAACGUAUUUUUGCUAGCACGCAUACUGAUCGCAUCUCGCUCGUUAUUUCUAUAUGCACAUAACUGUGGCUGAAGGGGUCGUUGUCGUAUCAGGUACUACAUAUAAUAUGUAC